CUAGGGCCUGAAGGUCCCUCCCAGCGCGCUCGGGUGGGCGCUGGCAGUGCAGCGCGGCGCGGGCAGGAUGGAGGGCUGCUGCCUGCGCUGCUGCCUCUGGCACAGGCAGUCCUGGAGGAUGUGCGUGGCCCUGGCCAUCGGGGUGGCCGUGGUGGUCCUGGUGACAGCCCUCCCCUCCUUGCAGAAGCCGCCGGGGGGCUCGGAGGGGCUGGAGCAGCUGGGGACGGCGCAGCGGGAGCUGCAGGCGCAGGUGGCCGCGCUGGGGCAGGCGCUGGCCGUCACCAACCGGUCCCUCGCCGAGGCGCUGGCUGUCACCUACAGGUCCCUCACCGAGGCGCUGGCCGUCACCACCAGGUCCCUCGCCGAGAUGCGGGGGCAGUGGGAGAGCUGCAGAAACGAGCUGGACGCGCUGAAGAGCACCGUCUCGGAGCUGAGACAGCAUUUAGCCCAGCUGCAGCACCACAGGGACGAGCAGGAGGCCAGCGUGGUGCAGCUGCAAGAGGACAACAGGGAGCUCAAGGAGAGGCUGGAACGGCAACAGCAUCAGCUGAAGGAGGCGCAGACGAGCAGGAGCAACCUCCAGUCGCAGAUCUGGAACGCACUGUCGGAGAUCCAGUCCAUACGGAGCUGGCAUUCGAGUGGGACCAGCGUGACGUUCCCUGGCGUGGCCGUGCCCCUCGUCCUCCUGGCUCUGCUCUUCGCAGGGACGCUGCUGCUUUGAGCACGGAGCUGGGAGAAUAUGGACCUGGCUUGUCGCCAUCCCCUUCUGCCCCCAUGGGGCAAGGAGGGACGGUUCCCAUCCUGCUGGGAUGGGGCUGGUGCUGGCAGCUCACGCAGUGCCUGGGUUGGGAGCUCCCACCAUGAGGACGUCGCGUGGGGACAUCCUGGGGGGACGUUCUGCAAAAUGCUGGCCCCUGUGCUAUGGCCAGGGCGAGACGGGGAUGGGGCAAAGGCAGGGGACAGAGACGUGGCACUGCCCCGGGGCUGCCUUUAAGCAAGGGGUUCGCAGGUACUGCGCAGUUAGGUGGGUUUGAACCAUUUUCCAAUAAAACUGCAUGAAAACCCAAA